AUGAUGUACGGAUCGGAGACUUGGGCAGCACCAUCAACGGUUAUGGAGAGGCUUGACUGCACGGAACGAAAGUUGCUUAGACGGCUACUUGGCUACUUUUGGCCUAGGGUAUGCCACAAUGAAGAUCUUAACGCAGAAAUUGAUGUGGUUUACCGGCUGAUGACACGUGGAAGAUAUCAACAUCUCGCACCGCCACCGAAAGUGGCUAAAGUAAAUCGUCUUCACUUUUUUUGGUCAUAUAUUAAGGAGACCGGCAGAUCGCCUUGUCCAACGAGUUCUGAAGAGUUCGUCGGGUUCGAGCUGGAAGAAGCCACCUAG